CGGUACGGAGUUAUGUGGUCCCCAGUGAUUUAUUUCUCUGUUGAGUGAAGAACACUGACGUGCUAUAAUUUAACCAUGUUGCAGUGAAAUAAGAUUGGUUCUUACUAGAAUGAUGAUGACAAAAUUUUCAGAAAGAAAACACGUGGAUUUAUUGAUAUGGAAAACCCCAAAAAUAUGAAGAGGAAAAGAGAGGCUGGGAGAAACCAAAGUGAUGUGAAGGUCCACAGUGACAGGAAAAAAAAACAUGUACAUGAUUCAAAUGCAACAAAAACAUUGAAAGAAAAUAAUCACGCAGAAUUGGAUUCAAAAUCAGACACUGCUUCCAAAAAACUGAAACUGAAACUUCAUAAUGAAAAUAAUAUCGAGUCAAAGACAGACACAAGCGCAAAAAGAAAAAGAGACAGAAGGAAAAGAAAUACAAAAGUUUUGAAGAAAAAACGAAGAGAGAUGGACAAUUUGAAAAGUGAAGGAAAUGUGACAGAAAAAGGAAAAGUUCAUGUAAAGACAGACAGUAUUCAUCUUAAAACAGAGGAAAAGCCUGUUCAAAUUCCAAGGCGACCAGAAGACUUUUCUUCUAACUGGGAAAAAUUGAAGCAGAAACUUUUUCUGCCACCAUCAAAAUCAAAAAAGCAUGCCUCAAAGAAAAAAGUGGAAAAUGUUGAACCAGAAAAGCCACCAGAUAUCUGGUUUGAUGAUGUUGACGAAUCACUACUGGAUAUUCAGCCAAAGCAACCUGUUGGGAAGAGGAAAAAAAAUGACAAAAAAUCUUUGGUGAAGGAGGGCACUUCCUCUGGUUUGACCAAGGCUGUGGCUAUGGAUUGUGAGUUUGUCGGAGUUGGCUCUAACAGCAGGCAGGACAUGCUGGCCAGAGUUUCACUGGUCAACCAAUUUGGCCACUGUAUCUAUGACACGUUUGUUAAGCCUCAAGAGGAAGUGACCGACUAUAGGACGUGGGUGAGCGGUGUGCGGGAGAAGGACAUGCUUAAUGGUGUUGAGUUUUCGGUGGCUUGUAAAAAGGCUGCUGAGAUGAUCAAGGGAAGAAUAUUGGUGGGUCAUGCAAUAAAGAAUGAUUUAAAGGUGCUGUAUCUGAGUCACCCUAGGAAGCUGGUCCGUGACACAUCUAAGUAUAAACCUUUUAGAGCAAUGUUUAAUGGCAAGACCCCGUCCCUGAAGAAGCUGACGGCCAAAGUUCUAGAUGUGGCGGUACAGGAAGGAGAACAUAGCUCGAUCCAGGAUGCACAGGCCACCAUGAGACUUUACACUAUGUACAAACAGAAGUGGGAAAAGGACUUGGCACUCCAAAACCCGAGGAAACUGAAACAUCUGAAAAAAAUGAAAGAUUUACAAAAUGAACCAUUGGAUGGAAAAUCCUGAUAAGUCAAUAAAAACCUAUUAAAAAUGA